AUUUGAGAAAUUUCGGAACACCGUCUUCUUCAUUCUUCUCGUUUUUCCGAAAGGUGUAAAAGCUAUUUGUUGAGGAAAACGUGACUUUAUUGGUGUGAUAAUCGUAAAGAAAUCUGUUAUGCAUGGUGUUGCAUAUUCGAGUGUCAAAUAAUCACACGACGGAAUGCAGUAGUUGAAAUAGAUUGUGAAAUAGGCUGGAUAACGAGAAAUUUCUUGGGACAGUGUCUGUAACCGGCACACCAACUUCACGUUAGGACGAACAUUGGUUAUCGCAAAAAUGGCGUCUGAUCCACUAAAUAAGAAUCGAAUGCAAGUUUUCAAGAACAAAGGAAAAGAUCAGGAUGAGAUGCGAAGAAGGCGAAACGAGGUGACGGUAGAAUUACGCAAAAAUAAACGCGAGGAAACGCUGCAGAAGCGUAGGAAUGUUCCUAUAACAGAUUCCACAGACGAAGAUGACGUAGAAAAAAACCUGGCAAAAAUCAAUUUGGUCGAGUUGGUAGCAAAAGCUGGAAGCGCCGACGCUGCAGAGCAGUUGAUAGCCGUCCAGUCUGCACGAAAAUUACUGUCUUCGGACCGCAAUCCACCAAUCGAUGCUCUUAUCUUAAGCGGCAUUCUUCCAAUUUUGGUCCACUGCCUCGAACGACAUGAUAUUCCAACCCUGCAAUUUGAGGCUGCUUGGGCCCUGACGAACAUCGCGAGUGGUACAUCUUCUCAGACACAGGCUGUUGUUGCCGCAGGAGCAGUUCCAUUAUUUUUACAACUCCUAUUGUCCAGCCAGCAAAACGUCUGCGAACAAGCAGUUUGGGCUCUAGGGAAUAUUAUUGGAGAUGGACCUGGAUUGAGAGAUUAUGUAAUCAACCUUGGAGUUGUGCCACCGCUUUUAACUUUCAUCAAACCAGAUAUACCAAUUACCUUCCUGCGGAAUGUUACGUGGGUGAUAGUAAAUCUGUGUAGAAAUAAAGAUCCUCCUCCACCAGUCGGGACUAUCAAAGACAUUCUGCCAGCGCUAAAUGCACUUAUUCUACAUACGGACAUUAAUAUCCUUGUCGAUACUGUAUGGGCAUUGAGUUAUUUGACUGAUAGUGGAAACGAGCAGAUCCAAAUGGUCAUCGAUAGUGGAGUUGUGCCCCGUCUCAUUCCCCUAUUGUCUCACAAAGAGGCCAAACUUCAAACAGCUGCCUUGAGAGCUGUUGGCAAUAUCGUUACGGGUACCGAUGAACAGACUCAAACAGUUUUGAAUUGCGAGGCCUUAUCGCAUUUCCCCAAUUUACUGACUCACCCGAAAGAAAAAAUUUGUAAGGAAGCUGUAUGGUUCUUGUCUAAUAUUACUGCUGGCAAUCAGACUCAAGUCCAAGCAGUUAUUGACGCGCAAUUACUGCCUCUCAUCAUUAGUAACUUAUCCAAGGGAGAAUUCCAGACUCAGAAGGAAGCUGCAUGGGCGAUCAGUAAUUUAACCAUAAGUGGAAACAGGGAGCAGGUGGCGCGCCUUAUUCAGGAAGGAGUAAUUGCACCAUUCUGCGAUCUUCUUUCUUGCAAGGAUAGCCAAGUAGUCCAAGUUGUCUUGGACGGUAUUAAUAAUAUGCUCAAAAUGGCAGGACCUCAAGUUGAACAGCUAGCCAAUAUGAUUGAAGAAUGCUCCGGGCUAGAUAAAAUCGAGGCGUUACAAAGCCAUGAGAAUUUGGAAAUUUACAGAUUGGCCUAUGACAUUAUCGAACAGUACUUCUCUGAAGAGAUCGAUGACAUUAAUGUGGCGCCACAAACAGCGGACGGAGCCUUCCAGUUUGAUCCAACGACAACUAUACCCAGCGACGGUUUCAAAUUCUGAGAGAUCCUCGUCUCCUUCUACUCGUCGUUUUCUCCUCAAAGACCGUCCCCCAAUCCGAUCGGUAAGCCACAGCCUCCCGCUAUCUCCUCCUUGUCCAGAUUAUCCUCCCAAUCCCUCUCGUUCCAAUGACCAAGAUCCAAGACUCGAAAAGGAAUAUUCAUCGUCGCAUACCAGUCGCUGUGAGACCUGCAAAUUGUUUCGACUUGCGUUGAUCGAAAAUGUUUGGCGCAUUAUUUACAAAGAGGGUUCGUUAGUUUUGUGACGGUGCGCCUUUUUAUAUUUUGCCCAAAUUCUUUUGUUUUUAGUAGUAAAACAAGUCUAAUCCAGAUGCUGCAGCAAUAUAUAUUAUAUAUAUAUUUACAUAAUAAUUGGCGCCCGUGAAGCGCGAUUUCGGACACGCGCGAGUUACAAUCAUGUAGAGAGGCGCGUACCUUCAAAUUAUUCGGUAGAAAGAAUUUGUUUAGUCGACGAAACUAAAGCUUUUGCUGCCUUGCCUGCUCUCUAAUAUCAAGCUGGCUUGAGUCUUGGUUCGUGACGUUACAUUUAUAAACGAUAUGUGUAUAUUUUAGGCAUGUUAAAUUUAUAACGAAUUGAAUACUGAAUAAAUUGGUUAACUGCUCUUGAUUAGCAUACUUGGUAACGACGAACUUUCUGUAAACUGGCGCGACAUCAAUAAAACCGAAAGUGUAGUAUAAAUCCAA